GGGCACUUCAAUUCGAGAACGUGAACGGUUUCUUGUUUGCCCUCGACCGUCAGCGGCCAUGGAAGUGUCGCGAGGUCUGUCAAUGGCCUCUAGGAGCCUGUGCAGGUCGACUACAUCCUCGUUCCUGGCUCCCUUGACGACUCUGUCACGAGCAGGAUGUCGACCAUUUUCAUCGGUGCCCGUUCUUUUCGCUCCCCGGCAAGGCGGCGCAGGCAAAGACAAGGCCGCUAAAGAAAAGGCCAAAAGAAGAAAGAAGAAGCAUCAGAUGUAUAAGCAAUAUGACUUGAAGGAAAUGGAACAGUUCACCCUGUGUGAUGCGAUGCGGUAUAUCAAAGCUUUUGAAGUCACGCAUGACCCCGAUGUUCCCAAAUACGACAUACACAUUAAAUUGCGGACGAGGAAGGAUGGCCCGGUUGUCCGAAACCAGAUACGACUACCCCAUGCCGUCAAGACAGACAUCAGAAUCGCCGUCAUCUGUCCUCCCGAUUCAGCCGCGGCAAAGGACGCACGGGCAGCAGGUGCGGCGGUAGUGGGCGAGGAUGAGGUGUUUGCAAAAAUAAAAGAAGGAAAAAUCGACUUUGAUCGAUGUCUCGCUGUCCCGGAGUCGCUCCCGAAGUUGGCCAAGGAAGGUCUACCUAGGAUAUUGGGACCUCGGGGCUUGAUGCCCAGUGUGAAACUCGGUACGGUCGUGGAGAAUCCCGGCCCCGCGGUGAGAAACAUGAUGGGAGGGAGCAUGUACCGAGAACGGUCGGGUGUUGUUCGGAUGGCUGUCGGACGACUCAGCUUCACCCCAGAACAACUGAGGGACAACGUCAAAGCUUAUGUCAACGCGGUGAAGAAGGAUGCUGCCAAUCUGAGUGACCAGAUUGUCAAGCAGAUCUCCGAAGUGGUUUUGAGCUCGACGAACUCCCCCGGCUUUUCGCUCAAUGGCGAAUUCUACAGACCUGCCCCUGGGGUACCGACUCCGCGGGAAUUAUCAGUGGUCUAAACACUCGGCUUUGAAGGACACAACUUUUCUACUGUACAGCGUGUAUUGUAUAUCAGACGGAAGGGAAUCCACGACUUGUCAUGGCCAUACGUUUAUAGAUUGGGCUAACUGGGAGGGUCUAAUCUUCCACCGUUGCGCGAACCUGCAGCAAUUUUUGCUUCAUCUUCACCUCGGAUUCUUGUUUGAUUGCAAUGUCGAGGUCGGACAAUAAAAUGUCUCGAAGCUUCUGGAUCCGGUGUUGUUGGUCGAGUAUAAAUGGAUGAUGCGGACUGUGUCUGCUGAUGAGAUGCUUCAGGAUGAGAAAAUCUUCGGUCCUCCUUUUUAAUCGCGGUGGCAUCCCAGUGCCAUCGUCGGAAUCAUAUUCAUCGUCACUUUCAUCAAUGGUCGUUUCUGUCCAGUCUUGAUCCCAUUGUACCCCUUCUUCCUGUGGUUUGACCUGUUUUAGGACCGCAGUUUUGCCGCUGCCAAUGUUCAGCUGCUCUUCCA